UCAGGAUGCGGAAUUAACGCAUCCGCUGCGCCCGAACCGGACUGAAUAUGGCGAGCACCGAGAGCAAAAGCGGGUCUUCGGAAAACUUUCACACACCCGAGCCAAGUGGACCCGAGCAGCCGGGCGCGAGAUGGGGUCCACAGCAUGCAGGUGCUCGAGAGCUCGCGGAGUUAUACUCGCCAGGAAAAAGAUGUCAGGAAUGGAUCAGUGUGCUUCUUUGCUUUACCCUCAUGGCCUUCAACUUCUGUUAUCUGGUAACAUACUUCCACCUGGGACAUACCUGGUACAUCCUUCUGGGCAUCGUGGCAGGAAUCCUGACAGCAGACUUUGCCUCUGGUUUGGUCCACUGGGGUGCUGACACAUGGGGUUCAGUGGAUCUGCCCAUCGUUGGGAAGGCCUUCAUUCGUCCAUUUCGAGAACACCACAUCGAUCCAACAGCUAUAACGCGCCAUGAUUUCAUUGAGACAAAUGGUGAUAACUGUAUGUUGACUAUCGUCCCUCUGGCUAACAUGGCUGCAAACUUCUUGAUGCUCUCACCAGCGGAGAUCUAUCGGAACUACCCCUGGUACUGUUACGUCUUUGCUUUAGCCAUUUUUGUUACAUUGACCAAUCAGAUUCACAAGUGGUCGCACACAUAUUUUGGGCUCCCACGCUGGGUGACGUUACUUCAGGACUGCCACAUCAUUUUACCCCGGAAACACCACAGAGUUCACCACGUUUCACCUCAUGAAACCUACUUCUGCAUUACCACAGGCUGGUUGAACUAUCCUUUAGAAAAACUGGGAUUCUGGAGAAACCUGGAAGAUCUGAUCCAGAGCGUGACAGGAGAGAAACCAAGAUCAGAUGACCUCAGAUGGGCCCAGAAAACCAAGUAAUCUUCCUCUGCCACCAACCCACCUCCCCUACCUCAGACCUGCUUAUAGGAGAACCAUCUUUCUCCGUCUACUUGUCCUCCCUCAGACAGAACAAGAGGAACGGCAAGAUAUCAAAGCCCAAAUUAGAAAGCCAUCAAUUCUUCGCAAAAGUUAACAAAAAGGGGGUUGACAGAGCGAAAGAAAGCAAUAUCCUACCCCGCUCACUUUAAAAAUCCAAACACUCAAAUCCUUGUUGAAAACUUGAGACUUGUGUGAAAUGUUUAAAACUCUUCAAAGUGCAAAAAAACAAGCAAAUUUAUUUAAAAUGCCAAUACUUGAACAAAGUGGGCUCUUUUCUGGACACCUUCUCAUCCUUCAACUGCUCAAAGCUUUGCUGAUUAGCUUGUUUCUAAGGGACUGGCCUCUGCUCUUGGGUUCGGCCUUUGGGACUGAUAUCUCUUGCUCUCACCCUUCUCUUGUUUGGGGUUAAAGUGCGGUAAACUCAAGGCAUUUUGGCUCUUUGACCACAGAGGGCUGAAAACAUGUGUCUUCAUCUGUUGCUCGUGUCUGAACGGACAGAGCAACAUCAUAUGCAGUCUUACUUCAGUACGCCUUAAAAGACGAAUCGCAACUUGCUUUGCUUGGCCUCAUCCUUACACUUCAUUCAUCUUUUCAUUAUAAUACUUUCUUUUGAAGCAAAUUCAGAGGUGCUGCAAACAGUCAGCUCUUGACCAAGAAUAUUAGAAGUAUUUUCACAUUUAGGUCUUUAGUGUUUCAGUGUGAAUAAGCCAUUGCUAUCCUCACUACUCGACACUGAGAUAACCAUUAGACAUUAAGAAAAGGCCUCAUUUUUAUUUUGUAUUAACUUCAUCGUAAGCUAGGUCGACGCGAGCUUGACCAGUUAACACUUUCACGCCAUUGCUUGAGUUUUGGGUUUGCGUACAGUACAUUAACCGUUUAAUGUUCAAUAUAACGCUAGCAUGUUAAAUCACACAGCUCGUAGAUCUUAUUUAAUAAUAAUAUGAGAUGUUAAAGGCAGUUACAGCAUGAGGAAAAUGACAGAAUCAACAUCUAGCUGUCUAGUAACUUACAACUACUACUAACUGCUUAUUUAAUGAGCGUUAUACACAUUUUCUUUUAUAAAGCUGCAAUGACAAUGGAUAAGAAAAAGAUUUAUUUACUUGACUUUAUAUUUAAAUACAGCACUAGUCAUAUUUUGAAUUAUUAGAAUUAAGAAAUCUUUCACUAAUAGAAAAAAGAUCUUUGCUUUGCUUUAAAAAGUGUUGCUAUUCAAGCAAAGUAGUUUAGGCAGUGUUUAUCGUGUGUGGUUACCAUUGUAACAGUCGUCUUAUAAGAGUGAAGAAAUGGAAGAAGAAAUGAACAAUUAAUAUUUUAUAUCAAAUUGUGAUCAUUUUUGUUGUGCCAUUUUUUUUUUACUUUUGAAUCAGUUGAGUUAUUUUUUAACAGAAAUGUUACACCCUGUUUGCACAGAUGAUUCACUAAAAAUAUUUCUGAUCUUCAUCCCUUCAAAGCUCAAAAACUAUAAAGAGGUCAACCGUAAUCAAGCUAUAGCUUUUAAGUUUUAUGCUUAUGUUAAUAUUCAUGCCAAAAUCUUGUUACUGUCAGCAGCAAUGUGGCAGUUUUUGUGUUUCAAUAGGUCAGUAUGGUGAUAAUACAUGUUUAGAUAGGUCAGAAAGAGAGCUAAUACAUAUGUCCAGAGUUGUAAAACUGUUACAAAGGAGUCAGAACUGUAAAAAAAAAAAACAUAUGUGAGGUGUUUUGAGCUGAUUCAUAAUGUCAUGUGUUUGUGUUACAUCUUAUUUCCUCCUUUUCUGAAUUCAGGAAGAUUUGUUUAGUGGAAUAUUGUAGUAUUUUUGACAGUCGAUUAAUAUCUUAUAUAUUUCUAUGCUGAUACAAGAUGCCAAACUUAUUUUUUUCUCAGCUAAUAGAUGCGUUGUGGUGUGUUUGGUCGGUGUUUAUUUGAAGAAAACACUCCAAUUUUCACUGUACAGGGAACUGGAGCUUAAACCAAUUACUUUGAUUUGGACUCCACUUAGUUUGUGUUAAGUUUUUAUUAUAACAUUCUACGUCGCAAAGUGUGGACGAUCAUAUCACAUUACGUAGCUCAUUAUUUUUUUUCCUACUGAUCGAGAAGGUCUCCACCAGCUGUAACAUUUCUAAGCUUAUUUCCUAUUGAUUUAAAAUGGUGGAAGAGGUGAGGUGGAGCAGCCUGUGAUCGUGAUGUGUUGAUGCAGUAAAGAUUGUGCUUUUGUCUGGUUAAGCUUGUUGUUCUGCAGGGAUAAUUAUUAUGGAUUUUGCUUAAGAAAUGUUACUGGUGUGCAAUGUGUAGAGGAGGUUGAUAUAGUGGUAGCUGAGUGAUUGUAUUAUCAAACAUGCAAGAUUAGAGUGUUAAAAACAUUUUAAUUUUAAGGCUCCUUGCUUUCCAUGUACAGCGCUGUAGUAUGUGGCCGGUGAGGAGAUUGAUCUAAUCACAUUGUACUUGCUCCAAAAUAUUGUAUUUUCCUUUGGAUAACAAAACAAAGCCAAUCCCUUGUUCACAUGGGGUCAUUUGAUUGACCUUUGGCAUUCACACUUGUUACUGAAUGUUCGUUCUUACUGAUUUAUUGGGAGAAGCCUUUAAAUCGCUAUCUCGGCUGGUUUUGCAAUUCACCUCAAAGUCUCAUUCAGUAUGUUUUUGUAGGACGGCUACUUGUUGAAAACUGAAAAUAACGCCUUAAUGCCUUUUCGUUGUUUCCUGUUUUGAACUUUUAAGUCAUUAAGUUCAUAUUUAUAAUGAAAUUAAUAAAGAACUGGAAAGGUG